CGGUUGUUGACUCUGCUGUCAGGAGUCAGGGACGAGGAGCCCACGAGCAGGUGACGAUGCAGUUCCUCGGCCGCCUGUUGGACACAGUCUCCUCUGUGUCGACCCUCUUCACCAACCCCUACCGGGUCAGGGACGUGCCGCUGGCCGACUACGGUGGAGCCGGCAAAGUCCUGCUGAAAGAGGAGGGGCGUAUCUUCUUGUACAAAAACACCCACUGUCAGUCAUGGGACUGCCUGCUCAUGUGCCCUGAGACGCCAUCGAUGGUUCUGAGGCUGUUUCAGGUGGGCUCAGAGGAGGACGCCAUGAACUGGUUUGCGCAGUACGCUCUCAAGCUCCGGCCCUUCUACGAGACCCUUCCCCUGAAGGCUGAGGCCACGCAGCCCAUCGUGGACUGCAUCCGCAACCACCCGGACUGGAGCUCUGCCCACAUCGCCGUGGAGACGGCCCUUAGGGAGUGUCUCAAACACAACUAUGUCCAGAGUCAGAUCAACUCCAAGAACGUGUGCGGUCAGACGCCGCUGCAUCUGGCCUGUGAGCGUGGAGACCUGGUGUGUGUGAAGGAGCUGCUGGAGGAGAGCCAAGCUCGAACUGACAUCAGAGACCGCAACGGAGAGACGCCCAUGCACUUCGCCGCCAAGCAGGAUUCUCCUGCCGUCAUCCAGGUGCUGUGCUCUCGUCUGUGCUCGGGCGUGAACGAGCUGAACAGCAACGGGGAGACGCCGCUGCACGUGGCCUGCCGCAUGGGACGCAUGGAGGCCGUCAAAGCUCUGCUGGACGGAGGAGCCAAGUGUGGUGUCGUCGGCGGCACUGGGUAUCCCAUCCACAGCGCCAUGAAGUACAGCGAGAAGGGCUGUGUGCAGGAGAUCCUCAAAGCCGACCCAGGCCAGCUCCAGGCUGAAGACUCUCUGUACGGAGGGACGCCGCUGCACUGGGCCAAAACUGCUGAGAUGUGUCGUAUCCUGCUGGAGCAUGGCUGUGCAGUGAACUACCUCAGCAAGACCGGAGAGAGCGCCCUCCACAUUUUGACCAGGAGGGGGCGCUUUGAGGCGUCCAUGGUGUUGCUCACCCACGGGGCGAACGCCAACCUGAAGGGGCAGGACGGGAACACAGCCCUUCACCUGGCUAUGAAGAUGGACCACAUGGAGCUGAUCAAAGCUCUGAUGGUGUUCGGUGCCGACGUGGAGAUCCACAACGACCUGGGAGAAACCCCCGGACUGAUCGCUGCACGCACCAGCAAAGGUCCUAAUAGAAAGAUACUGCUGGACAUGCUGUGUAGUGUAGGGGUCCAGCGUUGCCACCCCCCCUCCCCCGGCAGCCCUCCCCCCGUCACCUUCAAGGCCAAGUCUCAAACUAUAGGGUUUGAGGACAUCAUUCAUGUGGGGGCAACGAUCGGUGCGAUGAGCAGAGGCCCGUCGGAAGUGGACGGUCGCAAAAUGGUGAAGAAGAAGAUGGACAGUCUGCUGUGUCUGGAUGGUGGAGGUAUCAAGGGUCUCGUGUUGAUCCAGAUGUUGAUCGCUCUGGAGAAAGAGGCUGGUCGACCAACCAGAGAUCUCUUCGACUGGGUCGCUGGCACGAGCACCGGGGGCAUCCUGGCCCUGGCUAUAGUCCACGGUAAGUCUAUGGAUUACCUGCGCUGCUUGUACUUUCGAAUGAAGGAGCAGGUAUUUAAGGGGUCACGACCUUAUGAAUCCGCACCGCUGGAGGACUUCCUGAAAAAAGAGUUUGGGGAGAACACCAAGAUGACAGACGUCCAAUACCCGAGAGUGAUGGUGACCAGUGUCCUUGCAGACAGACAUCCAGGGGAGCUGCACAUCUUCAGGAACUACAACCCUCCCUCCGUCCACAGAGAAGCCCCAUACGCCACCACUGCCACAUUCCAACCAAUCACCAUCCCACAAGAACAACUGGUGUGGCGAGCUGCCCGCUCCAGCGGUGCCGCGCCCACCUACUUCCGACCGAACGGCCGCUUUCUGGAUGGAGGGCUGCUGGCCAAUAACCCGACACUGGACGCCAUGUCAGAAAUCCAUCAGUGCAACAAAGCCUUCAAAGCGGAGGGCCACCGGGAGGAAAUCAAGAAGUUGGGUAUAGUCGUCUCCCUUGGGACAGGUAAACCCCCUCAGGUGGUGGUGAGCUCUGUGGAUGUGUUCCGACCCACCAAUCCUCUGGAGCUGGCCAAGAGCUUUGUAGGAGCCAAGGAGCUGGGCAAGAUGCUGGUGGACUGUUGCACAGACUCUGAUGGUUGUGCCGUGGACAGAGCCAGAGCCUGGUGUGAGAUGAUCGACACCAUCUAUCACAGAUUGAGCCCCCAGCUGUCACAGGAGGUGAUGCUGGACGAGGUGAGUGACGCGGUCCUGGUGGACAUGCUGUGGGAAACUCAGAUGUAUCUAUACGAGAAGAGAGACAUUCUCCGGUCCCUGGCCAAUCUGCUCCUGGAUAAAUGACAUGCAUGAGAAAACCGCAGGGAGAUGGAGGCUGAGAAGACGGGACCACGAGGGCAGAAGAGAUGAUGCAUAUCAGGAGAGGAUGAGAGCAACUGGUCAAGGCACGAAGCCAUUGGUGUGAUACAAAUACUGAAAUCUAAGGGAGGAAACAACUGACUUCACAUUGCGUGAUAAACAGCAAGUUAUGUAGCAUCCUGUGACCUUAUCUCUGAGCUUAUCAUUAUCGUGGUUUAUCAAGUUUUCUGUUUGUACACGAAGCAGUGAAGGGCAGAGUGCAGAGUUUGACUUCCGGAAGUAUUUGAAAACAGGUUCAAUGUGCGAGUAAGUGGUAUCAACCAAAUCAGACAGGAUGUAACACAUGUCCGCUAACUGUGGUUUAAUGAUCUUCGCAGUGUUUGUCCUCAAAUAGAGUCUGAGCAGGUUCUAAUCCAUUUCUGAUUGCUUGUGUUUAAACUUAAACACUUGUCACAUUUCUUUCAUACUUGUCCUUCACAAACUCCCUGAGGCGAUAUGGUGUUUGUAAUGAAGCGCUUAGAUGAUGUGGGCAAUAUUAAAAAGUGCUGCCUUAUGUGUCUGAUACCCAAAUUUAAACCAUUGCAUAUGUCCACAAGUCUUUUCCAUGCCUUUAUAAUUUAUUUAUACUCACUUUGAACAGGGUAUAUAACUUCGCAGCGACAUAUUUUAAAUGUUUAACUACUGUAAUGGGACUGGAGACUAGACUUGAAUUAUCAACUGAGUUGAAAGACAAAGAAUGAGACCACUCAAUGCAACCUGCAGAACUUUGAACUUGAAGCAACAAAUUAAUUCCUAUGUUUUUUUGUAUGUGGAUUAAUUACCGAAGUGUAUACUGGUAUGAUAAUAAAAAUAUAUUGAUAUUUACA